AUUGCAGUAGGAAACUGUUAUAGCCAGGGGCGGACUGACCAUUUGGAAACUCGGGCACUGUCCGAGGGCCUGGGGUCAGUAGGGGGCCCCAUGAGAUGCCCCUGGUACCUUUUUCAUAGGCUUUUUUGAGUUUGGGCAAGGACACUGGGGGCCCCAUGAUCCCCUAUUGCCCGGGGGGGGCCCCAUGAGUUGUCAGUCUACCCCUGGUUAUAGCACCUAUUUGUAUGUAGGUGUGUGUGCGUGUUUCAAAAACCAAAACCCAGCCACCCCCCCCGCAAACACAGAUCACCUUUCUUUGCAUUACCAUUUA